AUGAAAAUUCACUCAGAAUACACAUUUAACUAUAAUUGGGAAACUGUAAUAAAAGGUUUCUGGAGAAAAUACCCUUGCAAAGAAUUCGAUUUUAUUAAGUUUAAUUAAGUUGUAGAUAUGAUCCUUGAUGAUAAUAAUAAAAUUUAAAUUAAAAGAAUAGUAAGAACUAAUACAAUAAAUUAGGUUUAUGCUAAUAAAUUCACUAUUUGGUGUUUAACUUUAGAGUAGAUUACUAUUGAUCUUGAAAAUAGGAGUAUGGAAAUGUAAACAAAAUUACUUAAAUCAUGUAAAUUAUAUCCAAAUCUAACAGGAGAUGAAUCAAUUAUCUAUAAAGCAAUAGAUAAUUAAUAAACUCAUUAUUCUGUAUCCUAUUAUAAUGUAUUUAGAAACUAUUAUCAAAUUUUCAUUAAACAUUUUUAACCAAAUUAAUAUCCCAAUUCAACACUUCUUUUAAAAAGGGAAUAGAAGUUGUAGAAGACAGAUGUAGAGAAUUAUAAAAUAAUAAAUGA